AUGGUACGCGAGAUGAUCUGCAAAGGUCAGGAGUAUGACUUAGCCCGCGCCGGAAGGGUUGGUGUCAGCGCUAUCUUCUCCAUCUUCACCAUCUUCACCAUCUUCACCAUCUUCACCAUCUUCACCAUCUUCACCAUCUUCACCAUCUUCACCAUCUUCACCAUCUUCACCAUCUUCACCAUCUUCACCAUCUUCACCAUCUUCACCAUCUUCACCAUCUUCACCAUCUUCACCAUCUUCACCAUCUUCACCAUCUUCACCAUCUUCACCAUCUUCACCAUCUUCACCAUCUUCACCAUCUUCACCAUCUUCACCAUCUUCACCAUCUUCACCAUCUUCACCAUCUUCACCAUCUUCACCAUCUUCACCAUCUUCACCAUCUUCACCAUCUUCACCAUCUUCACCAUCUUCACCAUCUUCACCAUCUUCACCAUCUUCACCAUCUUCACCAUCUUCACCAUUUUCACCAUCUUCACUAUCUUCACCAACACGGUCAACACGGUCAACACGGUAAUAGUGUCGACAAACAUCCUAGUAUCCGUGAAUUAUGUGGGAACUAUCGACGUGAAAUCGGCGUGA